AUGCAGUUAUCUCCUUUCGAUCCUAGUGUGUUUACGCCGCUCGUUUCCGAAGUUUACUCAACGAUGGACGAGCUUUCAUCAGAAGACAAGAAAAGCCGUUAUACUGUUAAGCCAACGAGUAUGGAUGACUUUAAUAUAAUCAAACCAAUCAGCCGUGGUGCCUUUGGGAAAGUAUUUUUGGCUCGAAGGAGAGACAAAGAUCAACAAUUCUAUGCUGUGAAGGUGGUAAAGAAGACUGAUGUUGUGAACAAGAACAUGAUGGAACAGGUGGUUGCAGAAAGAGACUGUCUGGCAAUUGCAAAGAGUCCCUACAUUGUAAACUUGUUUUAUUCCUUUCAGUCAAAAGAUAGGAUAUUUCUGGUCAUGGAGUAUUUGAUUGGAGGAGACUGUAAAUCAUUGUUACAUAACAUGGGAUACUUUGAUGAAAACAUGGCAAGAAUCUAUAUAUCACAGGUAGUCUUGGCUUUGGAUUAUCUUCACAAACAUGGGAUUAUUCACAGGGAUCUUAAGCCAGACAACCUUCUAAUCUCCAAUGAAGGAAAAAUCAAGUUAACUGAUUUUGGGUUGUCAAGGUUGACAUUGGAAAGAAAACCUAGUUUCAUUGAUGUGAUGAGCACACCAUCUCUGAACAAGAAUGACAAGACUUCAGGUUCAAGUUUCUUUAGAACACCUGGUCAAGUAAUGUCACUGACUUCCAAUUUCACUUUUUCAUUGUCUGCGGCGAGACCAACGCAGAGGUCAAGACUAAACAGCAGUUGCUCAUCACUGGAGGAACACAUGGAAACCACACCCAUAAGGCAGGUCACCCCGGUCUGUCGUGUUGACAAAAUCCCUGGUGCAACUCCAACUGGGAUUUUGGGACCUAACAGCCAAACUCCGCUCGCUGCUUCUGGAGGUCAGGCCGUCAAAAAGCGAACCCAAUUCUGCCCCAAAAUCAGCCAAAAGACUUUUAACAUUGACGAUCCCCCUGGGACACCUCUGGUUGCGGAUUUAAUGCUGCACAAAAACGUGAGAAACAGAUCGCCUGACGAAGAAAACCAACUACCGGCCUCAAAGAGACUUCGACAGACUGGGCUGACCAGGGAAAUCGAUGCGUUAACGCUGAAGGAAAUACGAAGGAGCUCGGAGAAUGAGUCUCCAAGAGGCCCUUUGCAGGAGGUGUGUACACACCAACGACCCCUGGUAAAGGGAGCUGAUAUCAUACCCGAGAAUUCCCUUGUGCGCGACCAAAGCCCUCUGGAAUAUAAAUGUGAAAGCGAGGGAAGGACAGCUUCCCGGGAGCAAGAAAUUAUCACUACUCCGAACCCCUCUAGUUGUGCACCGUUGGUCCUUAAGUUUUCCAGUCCACGUGAACGAGCAGGGACUAUGAUGGAAUUUUUGAAAGAGAAAGGACAAGUAACUCCUAACAACGAAUGCUUGGAGAAGGAGCGAGCCAUGAGUACCUUUACACCUUUAGCAUCUAUGACGCGUAGAAUUACAUCGCCUGGGAAGCCUUCUACUUCAGGUUAUGACAGUGAAACGAGUAGUUCUUGUGAAGAAAGUAAUGAACAGUACCACAGGUAUCCCAACGAAGCAGUUAACAGUGAUUUAGAGAAAACUGAUAAAGAAUCGAGAGUAAUUAGAACACUUGAACUAGCGGGAAAUAGAGUAAAUAACUUUGGUUCGAGAACAUCUCAGAGGGCAGAUACAAGCGGGAGUUCCGGUUUUAAUUCAAGUGGAAGUCCAUGUGUAAGAGAAGGAGAAUUUACUGUUAAUCAGACACCAGAUAAAUUGGAAAUCGAAAUCACAGAUGAGAUUUUACCAACCGUUGGUAAUGAUAAGAACAAUAGCCUCUCAAGGCGCGAGAGCGGGAUUGCAGUAUUACCACCUUCACCAGAUGUGAGCGACAGAAAUGUAGACAACAGCUCAGCUGAUGAAGUAGAGAAUGAGAAGUUUUCAUCACAUCCUGUUAGUUUUACUGCCGAAAUUGAUAAGUCCUCCUCUGAGUCGUGUCCUUCUCAUCCACUCGAAAGAAGUUUGACAAUCGACUUCGAAAAUAAACAAAACGUAAGGCGCGUUAAUUUGAAGCCAAGUGAAGAUGAUUAUUUGAACAGAGGCGAAGUCUUUCAUGGGGACAGUGAGGUGGAAUCCUCGAGUCGCUCUCGUUGCAUGACAAUCCCUUUUGAGAACAGCGAUCAAGAACACGAGGAAGAAGAGAAAAGUGUCACUCAGGCUCCAGGUUCUCACAUGGACAUUAGUUUACCUGUUACGAUAACUUCUGAAUCGCCGAUGGAUGUUACUUUUCAGAGUAGCUCAAGCUUGAAAAGUACCCCAGGCCCCAUGGAAGUGUCCAACCAGUGGCACCACACCUCAGCCCCUCUCAUUCGGACACCUUUUAGGACCCCUAAGUCUUGUAGACGAGGAAAGCGGCCCACAUCGUCGCCACCCAAGAACAGAAUCUUGGGAACCCCAGACUACCUCGCACCAGAAAUACUCUUGGGAAAUGAGCACACCCCAGCAGUGGACUGGUGGUCCCUAGGGGUAUGUUUGUACGAGUUCCUUACGGGAGUUCCGCCAUUCAACGACGACACACCUGAGCUGGUCUUUAGUCAUAUUAUGCAAAGAGAAUUACUGUGGCCAGAGGGAGAAGAGGCGCUGUCCCAGAAUGCAGUAGAUGCUGUGGAACGCAUCCUUAUUCUUGAGGCAGAGCAGAGACCUGGUGCUAAAGAGAUAGAAAGCCUUCCGUUCUUUUCAAAUAUGGAUUGGUCUUCGAUUCAUAAUCAUCCCCCUCCUUUUGUGCCCCAUCCAGAUGACAUAACUGACACCAUUUAUUUUCACGCAAGAAACACGAUGCAGAAUCUUCGAAUGUCGUCCUUUAGCCACUGAACAAAAUGGUUCGCUAUUGAACUCGUUCUUCAUUCAUCAGAUUGCAACGAACUGCGUAAUUUCCAAGCUUGGUUGAGAGUUUUUCUGUUUAUGUUGCUUUGUGCUUAUGAAGCCGUAAAAUCACCUGUAAGAAUCUAUUGAGCUUACAGCAACAGUUCUGUAAUCAUUUCAGUUUC